GACUCUGGGCAGGAUCGGUAUACCGUCUGUCUCUUUGGACAAGACUUGGACUCUGGGCAGGAUCGGUAUACCGUCUGUCUCUUUGGACAGGACUUGGACUCGGGGCAGGAUUGUACCUGUUGGUCUUUAUUUGGGACUGACUAUGUGAGGCCUGACCUGAAUGUUGCUCAUCUCGACUUAAGACUUGAAUCUGGGUGACCUGGCAUUGAUGUGUAUGAAGUUUUAGGUCAGAAACUAAGUGCUGGUCGUGUUGUGAGUCUCUGUCGUCGGGUCGGGGACGUUGGACGUUGCCUGUGUCCUCGUCUUGUCUCUAGACUUUCUAACCAGAUCUUGACAUCGUCUGGAUUUUAACCUCAUUGACUUGUUGAACUGCUGUACCUCGUCUUGGACUCACUCCCUGUAUUUACAGCCAUGUUGGACUAGACCGCCGUAACCACGAUGCAGCUCAUGUUGGCCAAGCAUUUCACUCGAGAUGAGAUCAGGAUUCUGGUCUUGCGGUGUGGAAAUCCAGUUUUAGGGCCGGAGAUUCACAUGCUACUCUUGGUUUGGUUUGUCGGUCUACCUUGGACUUACUGAUAACUUUAUGCUUGUUGGACCUGGAAGCUACCUUCCUUUAGCGUUGUCUUUGUCUUCACAUGUCUUGUUCUCCACCAUGGACUUGCCAACCAUAACUGUGGACUCAUUGAACCAAACCUGAGGUCUAAAUGGUUUGACUCUGGAUGAGUCACUCUUGGUGUUGCACCUGUUGGACCUACACCUUCCGGUUAGGACUGUAAUUUAUCGGACCUUAUCUUGAGCUAACCUCAGUUUCAGACAGAGUUGGGUGUUGCUGGUCUUGACUAAGGAAGUCUUGAUAUUGGACUCGCUCUUGUUGUGGCCUUGAUUGCUCCAGAUGUUGGCUGUGAUGCAGAAGUUGCCAAUCUUUAGUGGAUUAUGGACGUAAACUGUUGUYGGACCYUCUGGUUAGUCUUGCGUUGAGGUUUCACCUGCUCCUCRUGUUUCAYAUGACCRUGUUUGGACUUAACUAGCCAGAAUCGAGACCAAGUUCAAGACUUUGACCSUCUUGGUGUAAGAUUUGACUCUCAGUCAGUGUUGGACCCUCAAAUUGGGAUUYGACGACUUUUCAGAUCUCCUACCUCCCUUUUGUGUCGUUGGACUGGACUUGAUCCUAGACUUUGACUGAGCCUUUCUGACUUGAUGUUUAAUGACGACGUGAAACGACCCCCCGUGACAUAAAACUAACCCCGAUCCCGGAUUAAUCAGGAUAUUAAGUGACGCUGCUUGAUGAUCAAACCCGGUCCAAGUCAUUAUACGAAGACAAAACUAUUUAAAACACGCAGCGGAUGAGCUGCGUCCAGCUGCAGGCGUGAGGUUUUGGAGUGAAGCGCUCCAUGAGCCCCAGUGCAGUGCCGUAACUGUGGAGAUGUUUCUCUGGCUGUUUGCAGCAGUGUCAGGGCUCUCGGAGGUAAUCUGCUCUGUGUUUGUCUUGUAGAUGUUUUCCCCUCCUGUUAGCAGUGGAAAGAACGGACCCACCUCCCUGGGGAGCGGACAUUUCUCCGGCUCAAGUAUGGAGGAAAGAACAAACGCAGCUUCAUGGGCGAGUGGAAGUCGCUCCUCUAAGAGUUACGCUGACGGAUCGCAGUUCAUGGCGUCACAUGACAGCCUCUCGCCUCCGUACUCAAACUCCAGGCUAACAGGUAAAUCGGAGAGGAGCUCUUACCCGUACGGCAGGGAGUCCAACCCACACUGCCAUCAGGCGGUUCUGGGCGGCGAGCUGGCGAUGGGCAGCCCCAGCGCGGCGUCGCCCACCAAGCCGGCGGGUCAGUACUACCAGCACUACGGGUCCAACCCGCGCAGGAGAGCGCUGCACAUGGACGCCAUGGACGUCCAAACAAAGAAAGUGCGGAAGGUCCCUCCCGGCUUGCCGUCCUCAGUUUACGCUCCGUCUGCCAGCACAGCCGACUACAACCGGGACUCGCCUGGUUACCCGUCCUCCAAGCCGCCCAGCGCCGGGUUCCCCAGCUCCUUCUUCAUGCCAGAUGGUCACCACAGCGGCGACCCCUGGAGCAGCAGCGGCGGCGGCGGCGGCAGCAGCAUGAGCCAGCAGGGCUACCAUAGCAGCAUGCUGGGGGGCGGGACCUCGGCACACGGCGCCGCCCAGAGCUCCUCCUACUGCGGGAUCCACCCUCACGACCGACUGAGCUACCCGUCGCACUCCUCGUCCGCAGACAUCAGCUCCAGCCUUCCUCCCAUGUCCAGCUUCCACAGGGGCGGCGGCGGCGGAGGGGGCGGAGCCAGCCACUACAGCACCGCCUCCUGCACCGCCCCCGCCAACGGCACAGACAGCACCAUGGGUGAGAAACGGCACGAGACUCAGCCGCUGGUUUCAGAGAUCUACUCUCCAGAUCACACCAACAACAGCUUCUCGUCCAACCCCUCCACCCCGGUCGGCUCGCCGCCGUCACUCACAGCUGCCGGCUCCGCCGUCUGGUCGAGGAACGGAGGACAGGGCGCGUCGUCGCCGAACUACGAGGCGCCGCUACAUUCGCUGCAAAGUCGCAUCGAGGACCGGCUGGAGCGCCUGGACGACGCCAUCCACGUGCUGCGGAGCCACGCCGUGGGGCCGUCCACGGGCAUGGCGGGCGCGCACGGCGACAUGCACGGCCUCAUCGGAGCGUCGCACACGCACAACGGCGCCAUGGGCGCGCUGGGCAGCGGCUACGGGACGGGACUGCUGUCGGCCAAUCGGCACUCGCUAAUGGUGGGCUCCCACAGAGAAGAUGGCGGCAGCGUGGGCAGUUUACGCGGCAGCAGCGGCGGCGGCGGCCACUCCAUGGGGGGUCAGGUGUCGGUUCCUCAGCUGCCGGUCCAGUCGGCGACCUCACCGGACCUCAGCCAGUCUGACCCGUACCGCGCCCUGUCCGGCGGCCUCCAGGGCCAGAGCACGUCCUCUGUGAGCUCGGAGAUCAAGUCUGAGGACGAGGGAGACGAGAACCUGCUGCAGGACAGCAAGCCGCUGGACAAGAAGGACGACCUGGACAAGGAGCUCAAGGGCAUAGAGAGCAACAACGACGACGAGGAUCUGAGCCCGGAGCAGAAGAUGGAGCGGGAGCGUGAGCGCAGGAUGGCCAACAACGCCCGGGAGCGGCUGCGCGUGCGCGACAUCAACGAGGCGUUCAAGGAGCUGGGCAGGAUGGUGCAGCUGCACCUGAAGAGCGACAAGCCGCAGACCAAGCUGCUGAUCCUGCACCAGGCCGUCGCCGUCAUCCUCAGCCUGGAGCAGCAAGUCAGAGAGAGGAACCUGAACCCCAAGGCGGCCUGCCUGAAGCGCCGCGAAGAGGAGAAGGUCACCGUCGCCUCCGAUGGGACGCCCCUCUCGCUGGCCGCCGCCCACCACGUCGCCGCCGCCGCCGCCAUGGGCGAUGGACCAAACCCCAUGGGACAAAUGUCCAAGGUGCCAGAGUUCAUCAGGAUGAUGAGCGACCACUUCCUCUGACGGCGUUCUCCACCGACCAAUCACGCGCGCCGCCUCUCGCUCCAGCCCGACCACGUAGUUCCUCCGGGUCAGAUCCGCCUUCGUCUCCUCUGUGAUCUGUCGUCUCCUCUUCGCCGCCAUCUUCUUCUUCUUCUCCUUCUUCUUCUCCUUCUUCUUCUUCUCCAGUCGACAAAAUCGGACUUCAGAGUCGCAUUCGUCGCUUUCCGGACGUUUCGAAACGGCAACAGACAAAUUCCCUUGGAUCCGCCCCAGGAACUCUUGUGCUACGUGUUUUAUCAGCAUUCCCAGGACAAAAAGGCUCUAUAUAAAUAUAUAUAGUAAAUAUAUAUAUAUGUGUGUGUGUGUAAGAAAGCAGAAAAAGUUUAAAACUCGAGGCGGGCAGCGAGGAAGGUUGGGGGUUCAGGAGGGAGCAAACAUAUCAAAGUGUUUAAAAGAGAUUCUUGUUUUUUAACGCAACAUUUGCGCAGCGGUUGAUCGCAGCCUCGACACGGCACUCUAGCGCCGCACUGUGGAUGACGCUGUGCCUCACCUCCUCUCGGAUAGACGCACACGGAGAGGAUUCCGAAGAGAAGAAAAACUCCCUCAAACAGCUUGGGAAUAAGACAAACCGGCACCCCGCAGGAGCGCUUAGGCGCUUCUGUCCAAACCUGCACAAGCUCGUCACGUUUCUGUAGAGGCGAAAAGUACAAAAACGGUUGGGAGUUGGCGACCAAACGGCCCGGGUAGAGCGAAGAGUCGCUGAGCAGACCAAACGGCGCUGACGCUAACGCUAGCUUAGCACGACAAAUCAUGGAGAGAUGAAGGGAAACUUGGGACUGGACAGCAGAGCAAAUCACAUUCCUUGAGCCGCGCUACUUGAAUCAAGAGCUCCAAGAUGGAAACGCGAAGCGAGGGUCAGAGAGGAGGCCAGGGAACAAUCACCAUGGCGACGGGGUUCCGCUGCCGCCCAAUCCUGCCCACGCUCCAACACCGGUGAAAGGGGGCUUCAAGAUGGCCGCCGCAGGGCGGUAAAGUUCAGAGCUCAUCCUGAUUUUCACCAGCAGCAAGAGGUCAGAACAGGAAGUGGAAAUACUUACAGACGAGUUGCUUCCAUUAAACAAGAAGCUAAAUUAAGUUCAAACAUGAACGAGUCACUAAAAAUCAUGGAUGACGUAAGAAAUGUUCCUGGGCGAUAAAUCGUCCCGGAAGUUAUUGCGAUAAACGAUAUUGUUGUUGUUUUUGAUUUUCAAUCAUUUUAACUGAUCGAUCAUUUAUGAUUUAAAAAUUACGUCAUCAGAGGAACUGAACCAAGAGACUGUCUUCAGUCAGAGGCUUCUUCAGAUGCGCUGCAGCACAGACUGCUACAGGCUGUCCCUGCCAGCAGCUUCAGGAGCUACAGUAACUCUUUGAACUGAGCCAAAAUAUAACAUUAAGUAGAAAUUUUAGCAUUUUAGGGACCAAAAUGAAAAUAAUUCAU